AGAGAGACUGAUGAAGAAAUGCUGCCAUCAAAGGAUUAGUAUCUUCUGUGGUGGAGCAGGACCUGCAAGGAAAGUGGUUACUGCGUAAGCUCCUAAAAUGAGCGGAAGAGGUAAAACCAGCGGUAAGGCCAGAGCCAAGGCUAAGACCCGCUCCUCCAGGGCAGGACUUCAGUUCCCCGUCGGUCGUGUUCACAGACUCCUCCGCAAAGGGAACUACGCCGAGCGCGUCGGUGCCGGUGCUCCGGUGUAUCUGGCCGCUGUGCUCGAGUACCUGACUGCUGAGAUCCUGGAGCUGGCUGGAAACGCCGCCCGGGACAACAAGAAGACCCGUAUCAUCCCCCGUCAUCUGCAGCUGGCGGUGCGCAACGACGAGGAGCUCAACAAACUCUUGGGCGGAGUGACCAUCGCUCAGGGCGGCGUGCUGCCCAACAUCCAGGCCGUGCUGCUGCCCAAGAAGACCGAGAAGCCCGCAAAGACCAAAAUGAGCGGAAGAGGCAAAACCGGUGGUAAGGUCAGAGCCAAGGCUAAGACCCGCUCCUCCAGGGCAGGACUUCAGUUCCCCGUCGGUCGUGUUCACAGACUCCUCCGCAAAGGGAACUACGCCGAGCGCGUCGGUGCCGGUGCUCCGGUGUAUCUGGCCGCUGUGCUCGAGUACCUGACUGCUGAGAUCCUGGAGCUGGCUGGAAACGCCGCCCGGGACAACAAGAAGACCCGUAUCAUCCCCCGUCAUCUGCAGCUGGCGGUGCGCAACGACGAGGAGCUCAACAAACUCUUGGGCGGAGUGACCAUCGCUCAGGGCGGCGUGCUGCCCAACAUCCAGGCCGUGCUGCUGCCCAAGAAGACCGAGAAGCCCGCAAAGACCAAAUAAACAACAAUACACCACUCACAAAGGCUCUUUUCAGA